AAUCAAUAAAACGACAAAUGUCAACCAUAUCAGUCUUUUUACGCAUACGCAAAGCGAACAAAUGAAAAUAUGUGAAAAAUUGGAAAACUUUGUAGCUAAAUGGCUCUGUCUGUCAUUUGAACGUCAUUUUUUCAAUGGCUGGCGAAAAAAGUUGAAAAUUUUUGUUUUGUGUGAAUUAAAGUUGAAAUGAAUCCUGGGGCAUUUCCUCCGCAUCAAAUUCAACCUAGUGUGUAUAACAUUUUGCCGAGCCAGUUGCCGCAGUUAACGCAACUUCCGCAAUUGCCACAAAUAUCACAGCCACAACAGAUACCACCGGCGGCCGCUCCGACAGAUAAGAACAAUACAAAUCUCACAAAGGCCCAGCGUCGCAUGCUGGGUGAAAGCGAAGCAGCUAGAGCCAGAAGACUGUCUAAAAACGCUGAAAGGAUGCGACAAAAACGAUCAAAUGAAACUUACGAGGAAUACAAAGUAAGGCUCGCCAAAAAUGCCGAAAGUAAUCGAAGGCGGAGGGCCAAUGAAUCGGAUGCGGAGCGUGCCUUGAGACAUAUGCGAAACGCCAUGAGACAGAGACUGCGACGAGCUAUGGAAACUCCUGAACAGAAAUCACUCCGCAGAGCUCGAUUGGCUCAACGUAUGAGGGAAAAAAGGGCCACUGAAACGCCGGAGCAGAGGAAGGACAGACUAGAAAAAGGUGCAGCUAGGGCAAGGCAAAGAUUUCUUAAUGAAACUGCUGAGCAAAGGGCCGAAAGGAAUAAGAAAAAAGCUGAAUAUGCUCGAUUGUUCCGAAUCAACAAACAACAGAAUAAUCAAUCUCAACAAAUUUCAGACGCCGGAUGUUCAAAGGUUCCACCACAACAAGCCACGAAUCCACAAAAUUCCAAUGAUAUGAAUAUAAAAGUAGAACAACAACAACAACACUCGAGCGCAAAUAAUAAUGCAAACAAUAUUAAUCAAAUGCAGCACAAUACUCCAAUUCCAUUGCAGACGAACGAAACUGUUCCGCCUGCAAACAGGGAUCAAGGAUACCCUCCUGCGAAGAACUGCCCAAUAAAUUAUUCGGACUUUGGUGCUGCUUUUCCCACAUUUUUCAAUUAUCCGCACCUAAAAAAUGGGCAGCAAAACAGUGCAUACAGUCCUGCGUACCCCUCUCAAAAUUAUUACCCAGAACUUUCGGUUCCUUCACACUACAUGAAAAAUGACCGUGCUACAUUUCCCACGCCUAAAAGCGGAGAAUGCGUACAGUCUCUUAACCCUCCAAAAGGCACACCACAGAAAAACUGAUCUGAUUGCAUAAUGCCGUCUAUCAUAACUACUUUGCAUACCUAUGAUACCGAUUAUUCCGCUGAUUCUAUAGAAUGGUGUCCUCACAAUCCGUACCAACAAUUUUUCGUUUGUGGAACAUAUCAAUUAGAUAAACAUGAAAACC